CUGGCAGCCCAUGGGGGUGGGGACCCCUGUGUCCUCCAGGAAGUGCAGAGGAACGAGCCCCCCAGGGUGAGUGGGGCACCUGGGUCUGUCCCCACCGUCACUGGAGCCACCUGCGCUGCUGGUUGUUGCCGUGAGACCUCCGGGGUCUGCAGGUGCCACCAGGAAGGUCUGCGAGUUUCACAGGGAUAUCAGACCCUCAGGACAGCUGUCAUGGGUGACACAACUCACUCGUGUCACCAGGUCCCAGCUCCACUGCUGGCAUGUGUAUUCCAUGGUCAGUGUGGCCUGGGAUAGUACCAGGGUGGACGUGAACUCUGAUGGCUGGUCUGGAGCCACCACUGGAGCCACCACAGUGCUGCCCACGGUCACCAGAACAGGCGCCAGGUCACACAGCCCAGGCCUUGUCCCUGAGGCCCGCAGCUGCCUCCCGUGCUAUGCCGAGGUCUUCUGCUGGGAGCAGGUGCCGAAUCCCACCCUGGCUACCAGAUUCCUCUGCAGAUGGGGGGAUGGAAAACCCAAAGCAGGACCAGCACUGUGUGGUGGGACCAUGGUCACACAUGGGACCACGACUGAGUGGUGGCAUCAGAUCUGUCUGGUGGGACUAGGACCAUGUGUAGGACUGGGGCAGGGACCACGAUGGGACCAGGGUCAUGUGGCUGGACCAGGACUGUGUGGUGGCAUGAAUAUCAUGAGAUGGGACCAGGAGCAUCUGUAGGACCAAAACCAAGUGGUGAGACCAGACCACGUGGUGCAACUGGGACCAGGGCAAAGUGACCAGACUAGGACCCCAUGCAGGACCAAAACUACGUAGUGGGACUGAUGGGACAGAAAGUGAUGGUGAGACUGGGACAGCAUGUAGGACCAGCCCCACAGGUGGAACUGCAGAGAAAAUCAAGCAAAUCCCCAAACCCAGUAGCUCCAGCUGGGGCCCGUUGGCUCCACCCUGGUCUUUAAGGGUCCCCAGGUGCUGGAGUUAUUGCUGGCUGAGAAUGGGGCUGCACUGGUGGGUGCUGGUGUGUGGGGCUGUGCUGGGGGUGGCAGGGACCACCAGGGCUCCAGCCGCCUUGCUGUCUUCUGGUCACACAGUGGUGGCUUCAGUGGUGUCCUCGGGCCUGGGGACAAGGGCAGUGUCCCCAGGGUUUGCUGUUGGAGGGGCUCAUGCUCACCCCUGCUCUGAGGAGCCCAGCGUGAACUUCACCUUGAGGCUCCUGGAUGGGGACACUGAGCAGCCGCUGGUGCUCAGCCCUGGCUCUGCCAUCCGCCUGGAGGCCAGGGUGGACUCUGGCACUGGCACCUUGCUGAAGGUCGGGCUGGAGCAGUGCUACGGGACACACACGGGACGGCCAGGACGCUCCCGGAGAGUCUUCAUGGUGGUCAACAGCCACGGGUGCCUGCACGGGCAGAAUCUGGGAAACGUGUCUGUCCAGCACUGGAGAGGGGGGUCUGUUCUGCAGCUCACCAUUGCAGCCCCCGCGCUGGAGGAGGAGCUGGAGAAGGAGAAGGUCUACGUGCACUGUCUGCUGACGGCGUGGGGCCCUGGCCGGGGACACAGUGACAGGUCCUGCUUCUACAGUCAAGCCACGGCCAGCUGGCACAACGCAGAGGACCCUUCCUGGAGUGCCCUGUGCCACUGCUGUGACACCGGCUGUCCCCCUGCUGACACCCUCCUUGGAGAGCCGCCAGCCUUCCCAGGAGAGGGGACACUCCACCAGGAGACGGUUGGACCAUUGCUGGUGCAGAAGGAGAAGGUGCCGUGGUACGAAGGGCCGUGCCACACGGUGAAGAGGUUCCUGCUGGCCGGGCUGGCCCUGCUGGGCAGUGCCCUGGUGGCAGCCGCACUGGUGGGGGGGCUGCUGGCGCUGGCCGUGGCCACCUGGCGCGCGGGCAGACGGCGGGGGCGGCGGCGGGCGAGGCGACAGUGUCCCUUCCAGGCGGAGCUGCAGAGCGUGGUGCGGGCCCUGGUCCCCAGGGAGCUGGAGAAAGGGGCAGAGGUGGGACCAGACCACGGCAGCCCGGCACAGGGCUCGGCAUGAGCCCGUGACCCCCUCCUCCCCAAUAAAUGUGGUUUUCUUUUCUCUAAAGCUUCUCACGGUGGUACCAUGUGGGUGUGACCGUGGGCUGGGGACAUGCCACCACACCUGAAAGCAACAU